AGCUUUAUUGGCUGAGGCCUGCCCCCUCCCGCUCCCGCUCAUGCACCUAGGUGCGCUCGGCAGAAACGGCCCAUGGGCUGCUGCCGCGGCGCACGCGGGCCUUUCCGGGGCGCGGCCCUGUUGCACGCCUUCGCCGUCGGGGCCGCGGCGGGGGUCGGCGAGCACGAGCAGGGGCGCCGCGACAAGUUCGGAUGCCCCGUUGAGAGCACGCACUUGCUGUCGCCAGCCCAGUCGUGCUGCUACGCGAAGAUCGUGAAGGACCCCAGCUGUUGCCUCGACACUCACUUCAGUAAGGGCGUGACGCGCAGGAACUUCACGCGGCCGGGCACCUCUUGGAAUUGCCGCAAGAAGGGCUGCUAUGACAGCCUGAAAGGCCCCCGCGGCACGGACCAGAUGACGAUCCCACCAGGAGCGGACUGUACGACCCCCAGGAUUCUUUACAUCCACGGUGGCAGCUGGAUGUACGGGUCGCCCUUCACGACGGGCUACCCCCAGCUGGCCUCAAAGCUGGCCGAGGCGGCUGGGGCGGUGGUCCUCAUGCCCGACUACCCCCUCAUACCGUACGGCAACUACACCUCGAUCCUCGAGGCAGGCCUGAGCGCCCUGCGGUGGCUCUCCCAGCACGGGCCGCUGGACGAGUGCCGCCCGUCCGAUCGGGCGCCGCUCCUGGUGGCCGGCGACUCCUCCGGCGGCGGCACCGCCAUGUCGCUGGUGCUGCAGCUGCAGGCGAGGCCGGAGUUGCUGCCCGGAGCGAGCCUCGUCGGCGCCUUCAUGUUCAGCCCAUGGACGAACCUCAUGUGCAACACGCCGGAGUACUACACGAACGCGUUCGCCGUCAUCAAGGACUCGCACGUGAGGUUCGAGGACCUCGGCGAGUACCAGCAAUUCGUGGGGGACAUCAUGUUCCAGUCCAUCGCGUUGCAGUCGGCCAGCCUGUUCAACGGGAACGCUGUCGCGUAUGUGGGCAAGAACACGUCCUUGUUGACCGAUCCAAUCGCCUCGCCCUACUUUGCCAACCCGGAGCAGUUCAGCGCCAAAAACAUGCCGUCAUUGUUCUUUACAGUAGGGGGUUCGGAGUCAAUCGAGGGCGACACUGUCCGCGUAGCCAACACCGCCGGGAAGGGCGGCGCGGACGUCGAGGUAGAGGUCUACACCGGUAUGUGGCACGUGUUCCCCAUGUAUUCUGAAGGUUGCGACAGUGGUCACGAGCUGUGGGCAGGUAUGAACGCCAUCAAAUCGACCGGAGCGUUUGUAAGGAGGGUCGUCGCAGGUGGCAAGGAUCGCGUCCUGCACGGAUUUCCCCGCAUCCACCACCUGUACGAUCCCCACAUCGACAAGUACGAGAAGGUCGGGCAGCUCCUGCCCAACCGCGUGCGCGUGUCGGAAUACCAGAAGAUCAUGAAGCAGGUCGUGGCCAAGCCCUGGUGGGUCGUGCUGGGCUCGCUCGCGACCUCCGCCGGCGCGAUCUUCCUGAUGGGGCUCUUUCUCGGCAACUUGAUGAGCUACGGCGGUAUUCAGGCGUACCGCAGAGCCGCCCGCGUGGCCGAGUUCAGGAGGCAGUUCGUGGAGGUGCCCGUCGGCUACGUGUCGUUCGAUGGCCUCCAGGGUCGCAGGCCAGCGAGCACGUUCAUGGAAGACUUCAUCAAGGGCGUCCCCACUGCGGAUGAGAGGUC